UUUUUCGAUAUAUUUCUUUGGUUUCUCGUUUCCGACGCCGAUACAGGGUCUUGCUUCCUGUCCGGCUGUCCGACAUAUUUUACUCCACUUCUCUUUAUGAGAAUCAGACUAUUCACUUUCUUUAACCCUAACCAUUUGUUCAUCUCUUGUGGAUUUCCGAUUCCUGUCUCCGAAAUUUUGUUUACAUGAAACAUCAAACUAAUUUCCUGCCGCUCUUCUGUUCAACUUCACGCUUCCGCAGGUGACGAGGCGAUUUAUGGUAAUCGGAAACCCUAAGUUUCUCUUCAAGCGGUGAAUCCGAGGAACACUGUUGGUGUCAGGUGAUGCUUCAAAUCUGCUCAGAAGCUGCAGCCAGUUGUCAACUGAAAAAAAUAUAUCAUGGAGAUUGAUAUUUCUGAUGAAAGCAAUAGAAGCACACCAAGUACAGAGGAAAAUGGUUCUCUUCUUAGGCUGGUUCUACCUGAUGAGACUGGUGAGGGUUUGCCAUAUGCUCCUGAAAAUUGGCCUAAUCCAGGUGAUAUCUGGACUUGGAGGGUGGGAAAGAGAGUUGCCAGUACUGGACACUAUUUGGAUAGGUACCUGUAUCUUCCAAGGAGCCUUUGUGGUCCCGAGUACUCCACGAGUAGGAAGAAGGGUUUUGCCAGCAAACUUUCUGUUGAACGAUAUAUCCAAACAGCGUUCCCUGGUGCUGACAUUAAUGCAUUUUUCGCCUCAUUUAGCUGGAGGAUCCCGGCAGAGAAAUCAGCAUUAUCAAAUGGUAGGAGGCGUAAUUCAUUUACUUUACCCCUUGAAGAGACAGCGGAAUACGAUGUGUCUGAUUCCCAGACUGACAUAGGGGGUUGUAAGGCCGGAAAUAAGAUGUGCAGCAGCAUUUUGGAACAAGUAGACACCCCACCUUUAGCAGACAUGCCCUGUGAUCUUUGCUGCAGUGAACCUCGGUUCUGCCAUUUUUGUUGUUGCAUCUUAUGUAGCAAGACUAUAAAUUCAGACUACGGAGGCUACAGUUACAUCAAGUGUGAAGCAGUGGUGGAUGAGGGUUAUAUAUGUGGGCAUAUUGCUCACAUAGACUGUGCUCUUCGGUGUUACAUGGCCGGGACAGUAGGAGGAAGCAUUGGGUUGGACGCUGAGUACUAUUGCCGUCGUUGUGAUGCAAGAACAGAUCUGGUUUCACAUGCUACAAGGCUUUUACAAACAUGUGAAUCUAUUGAUUCUUGGGAUGAUAUAGAGAAGAUUUUAAGUGUUGGUGUCUGCAUUUUGCGGGGUUCACAGAAAACAACUGCAAAGUGGUUACUGAAUCGUUUCGAAUUGGCUAUUGCAAAGCUUAAAAGUGGGACUUCUCUUGAAGAUAUCUGGAAAGUGGAAGACAGUGUCUCAGCUAUAUCCUCAGGUGCCCUUGAUCAUGAAAAUGCUGCCCUAGGGGUUACAAAUGGCCAAGACCCUUUGGAUAUCAGAACAAGCUCAGAGCACACUUUGUCCAUAGCUUUUGACCCUAGGUUGGAGUCUCUAAAGCUUGAGAAUGAGAUUGACCAUGUUCUGCUAGCACUGCAAAAAUCACAGGAGUCUGAAUACAAAAUGGCAGUGGAAACGCUUUAUGCACAGAAGAAUUAUCUUCUUAAUUUGUAUCAGCAACUCGAGAAAGAGAGGUCCGAACUAAAGACUGAACUCGCACAUCGGGCAUCAUCAGCAGACUCAUAUACCUUUUUGGAUGUUGUCUUGAGUAGAGUAAAUCAGAUAAAACAGGAACUCAUGAAACUCGAGGAUAUGGAAAAAGUAGCCAACGGUUUUGGAAAGACGUCUAAAGGAAUCCUGAAAGAACACUUCGGUUUGGAAAUUGAAAACUAAAUCCUUAUAACCCAUACAGUUUAAAUUUGACAUCUGUUCAUCAAAGUUUGGUCUUGAGCUUUAUUCAUCCUUUGAACUGAUCACCUGCAUAUUUGGAGAGCAUACAUUCUGUGAUAAUUGUGGAGCAUCUAUGUCUGAAUCUGGUUGUGCGGCAAUGAAAAUUGGUGCCCAGCGCAUCAAAGGGAUGGAAUUUUUGUCGUAAAGGAUCAGCAACCCUAAUGUUGCAUUAGAAUGUCGCGGAUAAGUGGAAUUACUGUGGAAAAAUUGCCAAAGGGAUUAUGGAAAGAUUUACUGGGGCUUGUGAAAGGAUCACUUAGAUUACAAAAAAAAAUUCAAUCGAUAUCAAUCCUUAUGGUCAUGUUGGGAUUUCUUUAAAAAACAUUUCUUCAUGCGUUGAGCUGAUCACUGUUUUUCUAAAGGUAAACAGCCUGUGGUGUAGGUUGAACUGGUUGUAGACAUGAGAUGGAUUGCGAUUUUGCUUCCUGGUUUUAUGAGCAAUUCA